GUACCCACCGGUACGGACUUUGGAUCUCAGUCCGUCAAGACACAUUGUUGUGACAACAUAUCCGAGAAUAAUUCUUUUUCUUUUUCUCCUUAAAAAAAAAAAAAGAGAGGCGCUCAGUACAACAAGAAGAGGAAAAAAAAAACUCCACCUGGACUGACCCUCCCUCCCCCUUCUUUUAAAAUAUUCCCUUUAGUGUUGUCUAUAUACCUUUUUUUCUUUUUCAUACCCCCCUGAUUUUAAAUGACCCACCUCUCCUCCGAUCCGAUCCGCUCUUCUGCUCUCCCAACGUCACCUUCCUCCUCCUCCUGCUCAUCCACUUGGUGGACUACUACUACUGCUAGUACCACUACUACUACCCCGCCUCCGCCAUCGCCUCCUACUCUUCAGUUUCACAGAGUGCUGGUGGUUCGGUGAUUUGGUGCCAGUUCCAUCACAGAUACCUCAUCGGCCGGUGUCGAGAGAUCUUCUCUCCGCGCUUCCUGUCGGAUAACCCACGCUGUUCACCACUUACAUACACCUCCCACACGAUCCGCAAUUUUUCUUUCGAGUUUUCCCAGUUUCGCAAUCCUUAAAGAGACAAUACAAAAAAACCAAAUUGCAAUUUUAAAAACGCAAAACACAAAAUUGCGUGACUUAAAAAAAAAAAAAAAAAGUAAUUGGUAUUCAAAUUUGUUUUGUUUUGUUUUUUUUUCAAAUUCCCAUUCAUUUGAAUUAGAAAUAGAAAAGUGAUUUGUUUCAAUUGGCCCUCUGCUGACGUCUGGGCAUCGAGAGAUGGAAUGACACUCCACCAAGAGCCGAUGCCGUUUGUCGAUCGUGUCGACACAUCUGCCAGUAGAAAGAGUACACGAUCACACAUUUACCGGCCGUCUCUUUCUCCUCAUUUCCCGCAUUAAAAAUUUCCUCCAAUUCUUUAUCCCUUCCUCUCUCAAUCAUCAUCGGUGAUUUUCGUUUUUGUUUUUAAUUCGACGGUGCGUCGUCAUUGGAUUUCUACUUCAGUGCCUUACGACAGUGCGUCUCUGAAGUGUAGGUGAAUUUCGCUCCAUCAAAACAAAUCAAAAUCGAUUAGAAAAGAUCGAAAAAAAAAAAUAAAUAAAAAAAAAAAAUCGUGAGCAUAACAAAAAAAAAAAAAUAAAUAAAUAAAUGGCUUCGUUCGAGUGUUGGUCCAGCUGUAGUAAUAGUGCAAGGCCUACGAUGUGCUCACAAGAGGCUGGAAGCGUUCGGACUCGGCGGCGGAUAAGCGUCGGCGUCUGCAACGACUGUGGUGUCAAGCAAAUCAAAUGCUCGUUAUCUUAUUCGUCACGGCGACACGUUCGCCGCCCUCACGAUCACCGCUCAUCGGCUGGUUAUUGCUAUUGGCUGCUCGUCUUGUUGGUCGUGUUGAGCGCUUUACUGCCGGCCCCGGCGACGGCCUGCGGUCCCGGCCGGGGCGCUAAUCGCCGACGGUCGCCUCGCAAGUUGACGCCGCUCGUUUUCAAGCAGCACGUGCCCAACGUGUCGGAGAACACGCUCGGCGCUAGUGGACUGACCGAAGGCAAAAUCACGCGUGACGAUCCGCGAUUCCAGCAGCUCGUACCCAAUUACAACACGGACAUUGUCUUCAAAGACGAGGAAGGCACUGGCGCUGACCGUCUCAUGACUCAGCGCUGCAAAGAGAAGCUGAACACGUUGGCCAUUUCGGUGAUGAACCAAUGGCCUGGCGUGAAAUUGCGCGUGACGGAAGGCUGGGACGAGGAAGGCCUGCACGCUGCCAACUCGUUGCACUACGAAGGAAGGGGCGUCGACAUUACGACAUCGGAUCGCGACCGUUCCAAAUACGGCAUGCUGGCACGUCUGGCCGUCGAGGCUGGAUUCGACUGGGUCUACUACGAAUCGCGGGCUCACAUUCACGCUUCGGUCAAAUCAGAAUCAUCUCAAGCUGCCCGUCACGGAGGAUGUUUCCCGCCCGAAUCGACGGUGCUCGUCGAGAACGGCACCACCAGAAAGUUAUCCGAACUUUCAGUUGGCGAUCGAAUUCAAUCGAUGGACUCGCAAGGCCGUUUGGUCUUCAGUCCCGUUUUGCUCUUCCUCGACCGCGAUCUGACCGAAGAACGUGAUUUCGUUCAACUUCAAUCGGCUGAUGGCGCCACCGUUACGAUGACGGCCAGUCAUUUGAUCUACACGGUGGCCAGCCAAGACUUACUGGAAGACGUCGACAUCGAUCUGACGAACGAACAAUUGCAAUCCAACAGUUUGACCUCUGACGAGAGCAGCAGCGCAGAAGAUGAAGAUCGAUUGUUAGGCCAGCUGAUGGCCAACGCCACAAUGGAACGUUUCGGCUCUCGUCUGAAGGCCACUUUCGCUUCCAAGGUGCAAAUCGGUGAUUGGAUUGUCUCGACCGGACCAGAUGGUCGACCAAAACCUCAGCGGGUGGUCGGCGUUUCGGCCGUUAGCCAGCGAGGUGUUUUAGCACCGUUGACCGAGGAAGGCACGCUCGUCGUCGACCAGGUGGUCGUGUCUUGUUACGCCGUCAUCGACGAUCAAACGAUCGCCCAUUUGGCCUUUUCUCCCGUCAGGCUACUCAACAACGUGCACAAGAGUUUGGUCCACUUUUGGAGAGCCAUCAGCUGGUGGAAUCACGACCGGACGACGGUCGAUGCAGCGGGCAGCAGCAUCCCAGUCAAACAUGUUGAGGCUAGAUCGAUGACCAAUGAGAACAGACCUCCGACGUUAGUGGGCAUCCAUUGGUACGCCAAAUUGUUGUACAGGAUAGCACGAGUCGUACUGCCCAGUCACUUGGUCUUCAACUGAACGACCGCCGCCUGACUGUGUGCAAAAACCCAAACACACACACACACACACACAACACACACACACACAAUCUUUUUGUUGGGCAUCAUUGCUCAGCCAUCUCCACUCUCUCUUAUGUAAUCUCCUAACUCUAUGAACCAAGCCAUCUUAUAAUAUCGGGAGAAAGAGAGAGAGAUGGAGAAACUAUAAGGUUUCCCCAAUUUUUUUUAUUAUUAUUUUUUUUUUAGUUUGUUUGAAUGAUUUUUUUUUUGUUCAAUUUUUUGCUCAGCAAUGUUGAGUCUAUAUAUUUAAAUAUGAUGUAUGAUUUUGUCGAUUUCCCCAAUCCUCCCCCCCCCCCCAAAAAAAAUUCCCUUUUUAAAUCCAAUUUAUCUCCUGUAAAAGCCAUUUUCGACUGAUCGGUCAACCCAAACUACAUUGUUCCAAGCAGAGGAACUGCCACCAGCCAACCACUACAGUAUAUCCAAAUCCUAUGCAAACAACCUACAUUUUUUGUUUUUUUUUGCCCCCUUCACGUUUCCCGAUUCAGCAGAAUUCUUAAAAAAAAAAAAAAAAAAAAAAAAAAAAAGCGAAACGAAUAUACCCUCCAUAAUUAUGUGAUGAUGCGUGUAAGAUGUAUAACAAUUUGUAAAUAGGAUGGACAGAAAUGUUCCGAUGACGAUGACGGAGGAAUGAGAAACGACGGAAAGACAACCACCAGCCAAACAGUUUUGAAAGAAAAGAAAAUCUUCUGCCCCAUAUAUGUAGUUAAUUUCACAAUUAAAAAAAUAAUAAAACCAAACAAAACAAAACAAAAAAAAAAAAAACAGAGCAAAAUGUUAAAGAUUCGACAAGUUGUACAUAAAAUAGAGUGAGACAUACAGACACACAGAUCUAUCAGUAUCUAUCAGAUUCCCUUUCCUCCAAUCACGUUCACCACCAUCGACUUUUUCUAUGAAAAAGCCUCCCUCUUUUUUAAACAAAACAAAAAAAAAAAUAAUAAUAUCAAUAAAUAAUACUAUAUAUAUCCUUGAUUUUAACUGCUACUAUAUAACUCCGUCCGUCUUCAUAUAAUAAUUUUCUACUAGAUUUUUUUUCCCGUUCUUUUUGUGGGGUACUUUUAACACUCUUGAAAUUGAGAUUUUUAUUGUUUUUUUUUAAAUAUUUUUUUAAAAUCAAACGUAGCUGUCUCCAGUGCUCCCCACGUUCUGCUGACCCUUUGUUGAUUCACGAUCAAUGCCUUAUCACUUUUCAUUUCGCUCUCAUUUUGCAUCAAUGACGGGCGGUAAUAAUAAUAAAAAGUAAUAAUAAAAAAAAAAAAAAUUAAAACCGCCCUUCAAAGCUAAUACGACAACCAAUUAAUUUUUUAUUUUUAUUCUCGGAAUCUUUGGUCGUGAAAAAAAAAGGGGGAAAAAUUGAGAGAUGGAAGUAACAAAAAUUGCGAAUGUAUUGUUCAUUUUUUCUUUGUAAUUCAAAUUUCGCAUGUCUUUAUGUUCUGAAUUUCUGUUUAAAAAAUUGUCAAUUGGGAACAACCCAUUUCCGCCAUUCGGAUUGUCAACUUUGUAUAUUUUUGCAAUCAUACAUCUGUUUCAAUUAUUA